ACAUCAAGGGACGUGGCGAAAAUAGAGUGAAAUAAGGUAACUGUUAACAUCAUAAUUUUGAUCAUUUCACCGUGAUAGCAGUCGCAAUAUAAAUGUUGUACCUAAAGCGGGAUAAGAAGGAUGAGGAGAACGGGGCGAGCGGGAAUCCGUUCCACAACCUGGAGAAGACGACCGUCCUGCAGGAGGCGCGCGUGUUCAACGAGACGCCCAUCAUCCCUCGCCGGUGCAUCCAUAUCCUCACCAAGUUUCUCUACAUUCUCAACCAGGGGGAAACGUUCGGUAAGACGGAAGCAACUGAAGCGUUUUUUGCGACGACGAAACUGUUUCAAUCGAAAGACGUUACACUGCGUCGCAUGGUAUACCUGCUGAUCAAGGAGCUGUCAACAUCGGCCGAGGACGUGAUAAUCGUCACCAGCAGCCUGACAAAGGACAUGACAGGCAAGGAGGACCUGUACAGAGCAGCCGCCAUCCGCACCCUCUGUCGCAUCACCGACACCACCAUGCUGCAGGUGUAUUGUUAUUAUUGUGACAUGGAUGUGUGUAAUUCUCUCUCUCCCCGUCUCCCACUAACAGAUGAGAAUCAUGAGGCGAAGGAGUCGGGACUAUCGCACCUGUGUGAGUUCAUAGAGGACUGUGAACACACCGUGCUCUCCACACGCAUCCUGCAUCUGCUUGGACGCGAGGGCCCGCGCACCGCGCACCCCGCCAAGUACAUACGGUACGUGUACAACCGCGUCGUGCUGGAGAACGCCGCCGUGCGUGCGGCUGCCGUCAGCUCGCUCGCCAAGUUUGGCGCUCACUCUGAGGACAUGCUUCCCAACGUGUUGGUGCUGCUGCGCCGCUGCCUGCUGGAUACGGAUGAUGAGGUGCGUGACCGAGCCAUCUUCUACGUGAACCUGCUGGAGCAGCGGGAGCGACAGCUCAACUGCGCCUACAUCCUCACCGGCCUUCAGGUCAGCGUCGUCGGCCUCGAGAAAGCGCUGCACCACUACACGCUUGACCCGCGCGAGACUCCCUUCGACCUCAAGGCGGUGCCCCUCGAGACGCAGCCCCUGACAGCUGAGCCCGCGCGCGCGGCCGCCACAGGGUCGGCUCGCGCGGCGGGGGCGACGGCGGGUGGCGUGGACGUGGCUGCGGCAGCUGCCACGCGGCAGGACGUGUUCGCUGAGCAGCUGGCCGCGAUCCCGGCGUUCGCCGACCUCGGCACGCUGUUCCGCUCGUCGUCACCGCCCGCGGAGCUGACGGAGUCGGAGACGGAGUACGUCGUGCGAUGCGUGAAGCACACCUUCCCCGCCCACGUCGUGUUCCAGUUCGACUGCACGAACACGCUCGACGACCAGACGCUGUCUGACGCCCGCGUCCACAUGGAGCCAGCCGACCCGGCGUUCGAGGUCGUCGAGACGGUCCCCUGCACGCGGCUCCGCUACAACGCGCCCGGCGCCACCUACACGUGCGUGCGUCUGCCUGAAGGCGGGGUCGCCGCGGCGACGUGCACGUUCGCGUGCGCGCUGCGCUUCACGGUGCGCGACUGCGACCCGGGGACGGGCGAGGAGGAGCCGGAGGACGAGGGGUAUGCCGACGAGUACGUGUUAGAGGACGCGGAGCUGACGAUGGCUGACCAUGUGCGCCGCGUCGCGCGCCCCGACUUCGCCGCCGCGUGGGACGCCGCGGGAGACGACAACGAGCGCGAGGACACGUUCGCGCUGUCGUCGGCGGCGACGGUCGCAGACGCCGUGCGCGACGUGGUCGCGUUCCUCGGCAUGCAGCCGUGCGAGCGGUCGGACCGCGUCGCCGACGGACGCAGCGCCCACACCCUCUAUCUCGCGGGCGUGUUCCGCGGCGGACACGAGGCGCUGGCGCGGGCGAGGCUGGCGGUGGCCGAUGGCGGCGUCACGAUGCAGCUGUGCGUGCGCAGCGAUGACCCCGAGGUCAGCGACCUCAUCGUGUCCGCCAUCGGCUAGCGGCGUCGCCCGCGUGCGCGACGGAAGGAUGGAAAGGAGAGUCGUUUUGCGACGGGAAGACGAGCGAAAUGCAACUCGCUCGUAGUCGCUGCCUUGCUCCAGGCGCCACCUGGAGGUGGAUCUAGCAGCGGAGGCGCCAUCUGAGUGUUGCUGCAGCAGUGGCGCCACCGUUCGCUCCCACGUGUCGCACUAUAUCUGCGACACGGUAGAGGAUUUAGAAUUUCACUGAUUGCAAAUUAUCGCAGAAUAGAAACAGGAUGGAGAAUGAUAAUUAACGAGAGCGGGAAUGGGUUUAUCCCCCGAUUUUCACAUAUAUGCUCCCAAUUGUGCGUGUCUUAUGUUAUGGGUGGUAUAGCUACGGUUUAUAUCAAACCAUUAACUGAUAAUAUAUAAAUUUGUUGUCUGUCUA